AUGCCCACCAAAUUAUUCGGCAUCGACUUGAGGCGCAUUCCACAGCAACAACAGCAAACAGAUUUGAAGGACAGCAGUGGCAUUAGUAUUACAACAUUACGACGACCGAGCAUGGAUCACAUCAAGCGACCGGCGCUUGCUGCGCUCGGCAAGAAAACCAGCGACAAGAAGAGCAAAGACAGAUCCUCGUCUAACAAACGAGCUGUUGAUGUUGCACCGAAACCAACCUCAUCUAAGCCUGUGAAGCUGAACAUGACCAUGGAAUCACCUCCCAUCCUCAUGAUGGGCACCGCGCAGGAAUCCAGUGGAGCACUCAUUUCAGGCCAGCUACAAAUCACACCCUUGGCAGGUGAUGUGAUCAUGGAGAGCAUUGUCAUGUAUCUGGAAUGCACCACCACCACGAAACAACCCGUACAGGACCGAUGUCGCGAAUGCAUGCAGCAAGUGAGCGAUUUGUACGAGUGGAACUUUAUCAAGAAGCCAAUGAUUUGCGUCGCCGAGCAGGGGAUGCAGCAGCUGCCGUUCUCGCAUCUGAUCCCCGGCCACAUCCCGGCCACGACACACGGUCAGAUCGGCAGCCUGGACUACUCGUUGCACGUGCGAGCAAAGUCAAGCGAUGGCCUCGAGACUGAGUUUCGCCGUGAGCUAGUAGUCAGGCGUGCCCUCCGACCCGGCAACGACAAGAACAGCGUCCGCAUCUUUCCGCCAACCAAUCUGACACUCCACGUCACACUCCCCAGCGUGGUCCACCCUCUUGGAGAUUUCCCGGUGCAGUGCCGCAUGACCGGCAUCACGAGCAAACGCGAGGACACACAAACCCGCUGGCGCCUCCGCAAGCUAACCUGGCGGAUCGAGGAGAAGGAGACGAUGAUCUCUCCCGCAUGCACCAAGCACGCCGCCAAAGUCGGUGGCGAGGGCAAGGGUCUCGCGCACCAGAAGGAUCGCGAUGUGGGCUCGCAAGAAAUGAAGGCGGGCUGGAAGACGGACUUUGACGAUGGACAGAUCGAAGGUGAGUUCGUGGCGGCUAUCGAGAGUGGCCAUAUGCCGCAGUGUGAUGUCGAGGCUCCCAACGGAUUGAAGAUCUCGCACGUGCUGGUCAUGGAAUUGGUGAUUGCAGAAGAAUGGGCCCCGAACAAGAAGCCUACUCAAGCCACACCUACAGGUGCGGCAAGAGUAUUGAGGACGCAAUUCAACCUGAACGUUACUGAUCGUGCCGGGAUGGGAAUCAGCUGGGACGAUGAAAUGCCGCCGGCCUAUGAGGAUGUUCCUGCUUCGCCACCACAUUACCAGAACGGGCAUACAUUUGUGCGCGACUACUCAGCUGAGUCUCUUCAUGGUGAUGUUGAGGAUCUGACCCUCAACGGAUGA